AUGUAUCUGGUUCAAUCGUUCAGAAUCAAAGGAUCGGGAAAUUGUUGCAAAGAAGGUGCAUUUGAGCUUGGCUGCUCAGUUUGCCCUGUCGCAAUUAAGUACAAUAAAAUUUUCGUUGAUGCAUUCUGGAACAGCAGAAAGCAGUCCUUCACAAUGCAUCUGCUACAGCUUAUGACAUCAUGGGCUGUUGUUUGUGAUGUGUGGUAUUUGGAGCCCGAAAAUAUGAAGCCUGGGGAGACUGCCAUUGAAUUUGCAGAGAGGGUCAGGGACAUAAUUUCUGUUCGAGCAGGACUUAAGAAGGUCCCGUUAUUUCAGGCUAUGGAGUAUUUAUUAGUGUGUAGGGAGCAAGGAGGUAGUUCUUCACCAAGAGAGUUCUACAACUUUUUGACUAAAUUUCAAAAGGCAUCUAGAAAUUUUGCAAAACGGCAAUUGACAUGGUUUCGUAACGAGCAUAUCUAUCACUGGUUUGACGCUUCCAAACCCUUGGAUACUGUUCUAAACUUUAUUUGUGAUGCAUACCAUGACAAAAGUGGAAAUUGGGUUGUGCCUGAAUCACUGCAAAUGAAGAAAGAAUUGUCAAGCCGCUGAGAAGUGUCUGAACUAAAGAGCAACCGAACUAAGAACAUGCAUUUUAUCAGACAUGAAGAUUGUUCAGAUAUUCUAGACUGGAUACAGAGAACACAAGGCUGAAACAAUGAAUUGUCAUUUAAUAUUCACUUCCUUGGUGCUUGAUUUUUGCCAAAGCAUCUGAUAUGAUCAGACAGAACUAUACUUGAGUAGGGAUAAUCUUCUCCUUACCGGCCAAAAAAUCUCAUCACAGAGUUUGUUUCUUUGGAUAGGUUAGCUUUUAAGGCUCCAGCUUACUGCAGCUUUUAUGUUGAGUCCUAUAAUUCUUUUCUUGAGAUGAUGUCCCAAGUAGAUGGGCACGCACUAUAAUUCAUUUCUUGUUUAAAAUGUUGGCUUCAAUGAUUGGGAAAUACACCCUUUUUUGCUCUUGUAUUGGUUAGAUUUCUCAUUUGAUAGUUUGCAAUGGUUGUAUUUAACGACAUACUGUUCGUUUGGUAAAUGGACCAAAUGAAUGCACAAUCUAA